ACCGCUCAGCGCAACGCAACGAUCAACACACCGCUUACGAUCAACCGCGGCGGCGAUGCGGUUUUGUUUACAUAUUAAUUAACUUUGGAGAAUCUUACCUUAGCACGAUCCGAGAGAGAGAGAGAGAGAGAGAGAGAGAGAUGGAGGAAGAGAACAUGAGAGAGAGAAGAGAGGUUGGAAAGACACAUAACCUAGCAAUGGACCGGUAAUAUUAGUGUGUGCAUUAGAGAGUGCCAGUCAGUGUGGGAAGGGAUUUGCUCGUCGAACAAUCUUCCGGAAUGUCCGUUGCUCCUUGAACGUGAUCCUGAUAAGAUCUUGUCAACAAACGAGAGGGGCGAGUGGUUCUGUGAACGCAAACAAAGCGAAGCCAGCGCUUCAAGCAGAAUUCAGAGAAUUUCAUCCCCGCAUCGCACCCGACAACCCUUAUUGCGUCUCGGCUAGAAGAAGCAUCAAGCGGAAGUGAAACUGUCGGAAGCCUCUCUCUGCGUGGUAUUGCGAGAAACGCUACUCCAAAACACCCCCCUCCAAACCAAUGGAGCGCGAAAGGCGGCGGACGGACGGGAAAGCGUUCGCGCUGCUCGCCGGCGCCGUGCUGGUGCUGCUGACCUGCGUCCAGCUAGCGGCGAGCUGCAACGAGAUGGUGUGCGCCUCGAUCGUCUCCAAGUGCAUGCUGACGCAGAGCUGCAAGUGCGACAUGAAGAGCUGCACCUGCUGCAAGGAGUGCGCCGAGUGCCUGAGCUACCUGUACACCGAGUGCUGCAGCUGUCUCGAGAUGUGCCCGAAGCCGAACGAAACGUCCAACGAGCUGUCGAAGCAGUCGCACAUCGAGGACCUGGAGGGUUUCCCCAACCUGUACGACGUGAUCACGUCCGAGCAGGAUGCGCAGGGCCGCUGGAAGGUGAUCUCGUUCCCGAUCGACAUCGAUGCGGCACUGUACGGGCCGAAGGGUGACGGUGCGACGAAAUACGUUGUCCACUCGACCGACAUGGAUCUGAAGCAGAAGUACGAGGAUCCGAACAAAAUCACGGUCAACUGUACCGUCGCCUACCAGGCCCAGUGCAUGUCCUGGAACAAGUGCAAGGAGAGCUGCCGGACGAUGGGUGCCAGCAGUUAUCGCUGGUUCCACGAUGGUUGCUGCGAGUGCAUCGGCCAGUACUGUCUCAACUACGGCAUCAACGAGUCGCGCUGUCGCGACUGUCCCGAGAACAAGGAGCACGACCUGGACGACUUCGCGCCAGAGGACGAGCUGGACUACGGGGACGGGCUGGGGCCGCUCGACAAUGCGGCGAUCGAGUCGACCAACAUAUGAAUCGGGCUCGGGCUGCCGGUACUUUGCCUGGUCCGCCGCUACCUGACCGAACGCAUCAUCACCCCAUUCCGCCGAUGAGGGCGGAUGCGGGACAAGCAGCAUAAUAACGCCAACGCAUUUCGAUUAUCGUUUAGCAGGGUUUUAUUUUCGGUACGAUUAUUAUUAUUAUUAUAUUUGCAAUUCUUUAAUCCAUACGACAUAAUGUAAGAUUUCGAAGGACGUGGAAAGUCCGCAGGGGGCGCGGAACAAGGAAGCAGAGCAAGGCAAGCUGUACAGAGGCGAACACUUAGGUCCAUUAGUGUAGUGUUAAGGCAAGCGUUAAGGCACUACUAACUUACGGCAGCUGCGUUAGAUGUGUUAUAGCAAGGGCAUGGGAUGUAAGCAGCAGCUACUGCUUCCGCUCUGGAAUAGGGCUUAGUAACAAGUAACGGAAACAAUCAAAAUAAAACAACACGGUUGUAUUUAAAAUUGUACAGUCAAAAUCUUCCCAUCAACUCAAGGCAGCACGAUGCCCCUGGAUGGGGUACAAUCAGGGAAGGAACAAGGGAACUUCACUUUUGCCAACCCGAAUAGCUUUAAGCAAGCAGCCGACCCACUAAGCCAUCUCUUAUUUGCCCCCCGUGUGCUUUAUCGUCUGCUUUGCGAUUGAUCUGUAGUGUGGAGUGUGCGCGAGUUGUGUUAGCCAUUAAGCGUAGGUCCUCUGACCCUCUCAAGGCACGCUGAAAGGUGGUGAGAAAGUGAACAGGAAGUAUUGAGCAAUGCAGAAUAUUACUAGCCUGUUAUCUAGCAUGAGCACAAACGCAAGCAAGUAACAACAUAGAAAUUGGUGUACAAAAGAGUACUGUAUCUGUAUGUUAAUGUGUGCUUUUGAGAUUUAGUGUCGAACGUUUAAUACUCCUGCCUGUCCAUGUCCAUGUUCGUAAGCCGAAAUACAAGUGUAAUCCCUCUGUUGUUGUGAGAUACAACACAAACAAAUUUAAUUCGAGCGCAGCCUGUGUUUAAUUGAUUUUUUUUUAUUUAUGAUCCCGGGAGAUAUAGGUGCAAGUUUUUUCCUAAUGCAGCAAUCAUUGUUUAAACCGCUGGAAGUCGCUUAACAUGUGCAAGUCAGGACGCACCAAGCGGCCUUGCUGGGAAAGGUUUUAGACUAAUCAUUAUCAUUAUUACCUUCCAGUGUAACAAAAGCUACCUGUAUAUCUGUUAAUAAAGCCUCAUCAAUCUAGUGCCUUUGCCUAUCUCCUAGUA